UGCACUUAUUUUUAAUAAGUAAAUAACAGAUUAAGCACCAUUAGAUUUAGACCAAGACCCCCACUCGGGCAGAAGCAUGAGUCUGAAUACUCCAGGCCCCGAGGCAAAUAAUUCACCUGGAGUAGUAGCUUACUGUGCUUCUCAAGGGUUCUGCAGAGGUCUGUAGUAUGCCAGGAAACCACAGGGAAAGUCAUUCCAAAUCAUUUUGGACCACUAACUGAGUUUACAGUCAUGGAGACCGACAGGAAGACUCAGCUCCUGGGCUCAUGGCUGACCAGACUGAUGCCAGGUGGACAGCUAGGACCUCUUCUAUGCAGGAGCAGCCUGGACCUGGCCCUGUUCCAGCUCCCAGAACAGAAAGGGGGCUGCUCUCACCCUAGGAGACAUGCAACUGGGUUUUAUCUGCCCCAGCAUUCCCAUCCCAUCCAGAAGCCCAUGUUGCUCUGGCCUGGCAGUGCGGGCCUUUAUCUGGUCUGUUUCCUCCGGAGAACGCCAGUCUCGGAGCAAGAGGACGUGGCUGUCUCUUCCCAUGGCAGCCUCACUCUUCUUCCUUCUGUUUCUCUGUGGCCCUUCUCAGGCUGCUGUAGACCAUCUCCCUGUCUAUGUGGCCUUAGGGGAGGCGAUGGAGCUACCAUGUCCCUUACCACGUGUCCUACGUGGGGACGAAUUCCUGUCUUGGUUCCACAGCCCUGCAGCAGGCACCUCCACCACCCAGCUGGCCCAAGUCCAAGUGGCCGCAACAGUCCCACACUUUGGGCAAACCAGAAGGGACCCCAGGCUCAAACUCCUGGGCAACUAUUCCCUGUGGCUGGCGGAGUCUGAGGAUGCAGACGCCGGGCGGUACUGGUGCACUGUGCUGGGUCAGCACUUAGAGUACCAGAACUGGAGGGUGUAUGAUGUCUCCGUGAUGAGAGGUGAGCUGGGGUGUGGAUGGAGGUCAGGGGCCGCUGGGACUGGGGAAGGGCAGGAAAAGAACCAAAGGGUCCUUUGUCCCACAGGAUCCCAGUUCUCUGCAAGGGCUGCAGAUGGGUCUUCCUGCUCUGUCCUCCGGUGUUCUGCGGUUCCCGCCAGGCGUCUGGACUCCGUGGGCUGGCGGGAGGGGAAGGGCCUUGUCCGAGGACGCGCUCAGGCCUUCUGGAAUGAGGGCGCGGCGCUGCUCUUGGUGUGUCCUGGCGAGGGGCACCCUGAGCCCAGGGGCCGGAGACCAAGAAUCAUCCGCUGCCUCAUGACUCAAGACAAAGGCAUCAGCUUCAGCCUGCCAGCCUCCGCGGAUCCGUCUCCCACUCUCUGUGUCCCUUCCAUGGGCUGGGAUGUGCCCCGGAUCCUGAUGCUGCUGCUCACGGUGGGCCAGGGAUUCACCAUCCUGGCCCUCAGCAUCGUGCUCUGGAGGCGGAGGGUCCAUGGGGUUCAGGGCCAAGAUGCCUCAGUUCCUCAAUUCAAACCCGAAAUCCAAGUCUACGAGAACAUCCACUUGGCGCGUCUCCGCCCACCUGCCCACAAGACCAGAUGACCUUGGCAACAUCUGCUGCUGGAAAGUGUGACCUGCUGUCUCCCUGGCCAUCUGCCAUAGAGGACGCCCUGAAACCGGGGGUGGGGGGCUGUCUGUCCAGUUGGCCUUCAGCAGCCACCAAUGUGUGUGGGGGAUGGGGUGGGGACUGCACGAAAGGAGUGGCAUUGUUCCAUGUCACCUACAAAAAGCUGUGGUCUCCUGUCUUGAAGUGGCCGGUGGGGGGUGGUGCUGAGCGUGAAGUACCAUGAAAUUGAGGGGAACCUGGGGUAAUUGUUGAGGGUAAGAAAGGGUGGGGUGGGCAGGGAAGAGACAAAGAAACCCAGGUAUUUGCACAAUAGUAAAGUAUCAGUCGAAGGGGGACUGAAGGACAUAUGGAGGAAACUGAGGAAGAGAGAAGGGAAGAGACUCAAGUCAGAGUAAGAGAAAGGAGAUGGACAAAGAGACAGAAAAAUAGAAGCACAAGUGGGAGAACUGCAGGACAGAGAAAAUGGAAAGGAGCUUCGACAGCCUCCAAACUAAGGCAGACCUUCCUCUGUCAAAGCGGCACCCUCUUAAAGAAGAGAUGCUGAGGAACGAGCAAUGUAAUCAGCCCCAGACUUCCUCAGAUGGAAGGGGGGAACUUCGGUGGAGUGGGUGCUUGUGCUUGGCCCCCGCCAGGGCACCCUCCUUAUCCAAGGCACACUUGCUUCCUCUUCCUCGAGCUGCGCCACAGUGGCCUCCAGGGUGUGCGCUGCUUAUCGCCUGACUCCUGGCGCACCGGCUCCCUGUGCCGAGAGGCCACCCCCUCUCUGGGCAGACUGUCCAGAAGCACCCAGACGGGAUUCCCCAGGGUCAUCUGUGGGCCCUGGACACAUCUGGGCGGGUGGGUGGGGAAGGGCAUUGGUGUUCCCAACCUGGUGGCCCCACUCGGGCAGAAGUGAGCUGGACUCUGGGUCACUGCCCAUGGGAAGCUCUACCGAGCACUUCAGAGUCUGGGCUCUGGCUUGGAGAAGAGCUUUCUCAGAAAUCUCGGCUAAAGCCUUCACACUGCGGUGGCCUAAGCUAAGCUAUUGGCAGGAAGGAUGGCGUGAAUGAUACAGUUGGGAAAUGAGGGGGUGAGUGGCUCAGGCUCCAGCACUUCAGUCCAGC